CACAGUCUGUCUGACACGCAUCCAGCGUUAGCGCAUAGACUAGUGGAUCGCUAUAGGAUAGUUGUACGGCCAUGACUCGAUACGUCAAACGUGAUCAUGAUCGGGUCCCGCAUAUUCCGUGUAGCUGGCGACCCGAUAGCCGCGACCUCGUAUGCAAACAGCAGCGUUUACUGGCCUCACAUCAAGCGCACGUUGUCAAAGCAUCGACUGUUGCAAUUACAAACGAUUAACGAGUACCGGUUACACAAUCCACGGGAGCCUCAGGAGACUUUUCUGGAAGCACUUGGUGUCCAAGAUACAGGUGCAGCCACUAGGAAGGCAACCUGGGGCGAUAGUGCCACAGCACUAAGUGGGUUAGCGGCAGAGCGCGUCAACGAUUACACAGAUGGAUGUGCAGCCUUCCUCCUUCUGCGCUCUUUGUUGGAACGGCUUACAACUCCUCUCUGACUGACAUUCGCACCUUCCUCACCACGACUUUGCAGCUUCCGCCCCUUCCAAGUUAGCUUUGUUUCUUCACUUCAUGCUUUUGCGCCUGUUUUAGUACCGCUUUUGAAGAGCAACAAUCUACAAACACUUGGCCUCCGGCGCCCGUUCCGUCUCAUCUCCUGGCCUUAUCUCCGAACCUACCGAACACUCCAGGCG